GGACGCAACCAUCUGCGGAAAAGAUAGGGGGGAGGAAGACUUAACACUGCAACAAGAGGUACAAAAAAGACGGAAACUCAGUGAACAGGACCCAGCGAACCAUGAUAUAUUGCUUUAUACUCUAGGUCGCCCACUUUAGGCUUCCUUCUCGUGCACUUGGUCAAUACCGCGCUCGCUGACCACACUGGCGACUUCCCUCCAUGUCGCCCCUCCGAGAAGUCUGGCCCACUCUGCGGGCCAAGAAAGGUGACCGGGCUUCCUUCCGGCUUGCUAAGCGGAGGCCGGAAGCGGUGGUUUUUAGCGGCUCUCUGGGUAGUAGGGUGGUGUAGUAGCGGCAGCGAGGGGCUCGCAGAGGUACUCGGAUUCUCGUAGCUGUGCCGGGACUUAACCACCACCAUGUCAAGCAAAAGAGCAAAGACCAAGACCAAGAAGCGCCCUCAGCGCGCAACAUCCAAUGUGUUUGCCAUGUUUGACCAGUCACAGAUUCAGGAGUUCAAAGAGGCCUUCAACAUGAUUGAUCAGAACAGAGAUGGUUUCAUCGACAAGGAAGAUUUGCAUGAUAUGCUUGCUUCAUUGGGGAAGAAUCCAACUGAUGAUUAUCUGGAUGCCAUGAUGAAUGAAGCUCCAGGCCCCAUCAAUUUCACCAUGUUCCUUACCAUGUUUGGUGAGAAGUUAAAUGGCACGGAUCCUGAAGAUGUCAUCAGAAAUGCUUUUGCUUGCUUUGAUGAAGAAGCAACUGGCACCAUUCAGGAAGAUUACCUGAGAGAGCUGCUGACAACCAUGGGGGAUCGGUUUACGGAUGAGGAAGUGGAUGAGCUGUACAGAGAAGCACCUAUUGACAAAAAGGGGAAUUUCAAUUACAUCGAGUUCACGCGCAUCCUGAAACAUGGAGCAAAAGACAAAGAUGACUGAAAGAAUUUCAAAUUCCAGCCAAACGUUCCUUGUUGCCACUUUGGGUAUUUUUGAGAUUUUCUCUUGCAUGCCCUUAGCUUUACAGCUUUUGCAUUUCCUGUUGUAUUUAUUCUUAGCCAUUUUGGGCAUAUGUAUCUUUAUACUCAGACUGGAAAAGGGACUUUCUAUUGAUAUCAUUUUCAGAAUAGAAAAUAGGGUAAUUUAACCUACCAGCCCUUUCCCCUAAUAACUGUGGUCUAUACAGAGUCAAUAUAUUUUUUUCAGAGAAAGUUAUUUGCUCGAUUUUUUCUGAAUCAUAAUUAAACUUUAUGAUAAAACA